AUGGCGGACCCCGCCCACUCGGACCUGAUCGCCAGGCACUACAACUACACCGGCAAGCUGCGCAAGUGGGACGGGUCGGGCCUGAAGGCCGACUCGGCCGUCUUCCUGGCCGUGUGCUGCCUGAUCGUCCUGGAGAACCUCCUGGUCCUGGCCACCAUCUGGAGGACCAAGAAGUUCCACAAGCCCAUGUUCUACUUCCUGGGCAACCUGGCGCUGUCCGACCUCCUGGCGGGCGUGGUCUACGCCGCCAACAUCCUGCUGUCGGGCGCCAACACUUACAGGCUGACGCCCACCCAGUGGUUCCUGCGCGAGGGCUCGGUCUUCGUGGCCCUGGCGGCCUCCGUCUUCAGCCUGCUGGCCAUCGCCGUGGAACGCCACCUGACCAUGCUGAAAAUGAAGGUGCACGACGGGGGGCGCGCCGGCCGCGUCUUCCCGCUGCUCAGCGCCGUGUGGAUGGUGGCCGCCCUCUUGGGGGGCCUCCCCCUCAUGGGCUGGAACUGCAUCGGACGGCUGGAGCGCUGCUCCACCGUGCUGCCCCUCUACCACAAAACCUACAUCCUCUUCUGCACGACCGUCUUCAGCGUCAUCCUGAUGGCCAUCGUGGCCCUCUACGCCCGCAUCUACGCCCUGGUGCGCGCCCGCAGCCGUCGCCUGGUCCCGCGCGAGGGGGGGGCCAAGAGCUGCGAGCGCUCCAUGGCGCUGCUGAAAACGGUGGUGGUGGUGCUGAGCUGCUUCAUCGCCUGCUGGGCGCCGCUCUUUGUGCUCCUGCUGCUGGACGCCGCCUGCCGGACGCACGGCUGCGCCAUCCUCUACCGGGCCCAGUGGUUCCUGGCGCUGGCCGUGCUCAACUCGGCCACCAACCCGCUCAUCUACACGCUGACCAGCGAGGAGAUGCGACGCGCCUUCCUGGAGACGCUGCUGUGCGGGUCGGACCGCCUCCGCGUCUCCGCUCGCGCCGCCGCCGCCGAAUUCAGCCGCGGGCGCUCCGAGAACUCCUCGCGUCCCGAAGGGGAGGAGUCCCGGGGUUCCUCCCCGCCAGCGAUGGCCCCUCCCUCCUGCUGA